AAUUUUGUCAAGUCGUCGAUCGUCGAUGGUAUCUGCUUUGGAGCAGAAACUGCUGUAAAGAAAUAUUGCGGGAAAUCAACAAAAUGUUUAAGGCGAAGAGUAUUUCUGCAGAACACAAGGAUUUGAUACAUGAUGUUGCAUUUGACUUUUAUGGUCAACGAAUGGCCACAUGUUCCAGUGAUCAGAGUGUACAGGUAUGGGAUCUAGGAGAAGAUGGAGAAUGGCACUGCACAGCUAGUUGGAAGACACACAGUGGGUCUGUUUGGAGAGUAACAUGGGCGCAUCCAGAGUUUGGACAGGUCUUAGCAUCAUGCUCUUUUGAUAGAACUGCAGUUGUAUGGGAGGAGAUGGUUGGAGAUUCAAAGCCAAAUGAGAGAGGGAAACAUCACUGGGCUCAGCGAGCAAUGCUUGUAGACAGCAGAACGUCUGUCUCAGAUGUCAAAUUUGCACCUCAUCAUCUUGGCCUUCAAUUAGCAACGUGCUCAGCAGAUGGGAUUGUUAGGAUAUACGAAGCACCUGAAGUUACAAAUUUAGCCACAAUGAAUUUACAGACAGAACUACAGACCAAACUUAGUUGUAGCUGUUUAUCAUGGAAUCCUUCAAGAGUGCAUCCACCCAUGAUAGCUGUUGGUAGUGACAGCUCUGACCCCUCAGGAGGAGGUAAAGUUCAAAUCUAUGAAUACAAGGAAAAUGAAAGAAAAUGGCAGAAGAUUGACACACUGAAUGUGAUCACAGAAGCAGUCCAUGAUCUAGCCUUCUCUCCAAACCUAGGUAGAUCAUAUCACAUGUUAGCUGUAGCAACCAAAGAUGUUCGCAUCAUGACUCUUAAACCAAUGAGGAGAGAUCAGUUUGUGGGUUCAACAAGAAUUGAGAUCAGACAAGCAGCUCAACUGGUAGACUUCAAACAGAGUCAGGUAUGGAGAGUAAGUUGGAAUGUGACAGGUACUAUCUUAGCUGCCUCCAGUGAUGAUGGAUAUGUCAGAUUAUUUAAAGCCAACUACCUUGACAACUGGAAGUGUAUCCAAGAGCUGAAGGGUAGCGACGGAGGCCCCUCACCUGCCCUGAUGACCGGGGUUCAUUCCAGGCAAGACUACCCCUCCCACAGGGGGCGCAACACCAGCAGUGGUACCAACCAGCAGCAGAACGGUGCCGGUGCCACCCGGGAACCGAACGCACCACUGGGAGGUCGUAGCAGGUACCCUUUCAUGACCUUGUGAUUGUGACCUUUGCCACAUCCCAUCCCACAGAGUACCUCAUAGCUUUAAUAUCAAAACUCAUCGUCAUGGAAACAAUGUGAAAUUGUUGGUUGCUUGCCAGAACUCCAUGGGAUUGAUACUUGGUCUAGGACAGGUUGGUCUAAUACCAGAUGGUCUAAGCCUCAAAUCAUGUAACACUACUAUGGCUAGUUCAACCAGGUUAAGUCCAAACUAGAACAAGCAUUUUACCCUACACUUCCAUGAAAUGCUGCAUAUCAUCCUCAUUCAAUUUUCCUGACAAAGAUACCGUACCAAACUUAGAUUAAUCGAAAUUCAUUUGACAGUUACAUUAUCAUUUUCAUUUCAAAAUUAAUUUUGGGGUCUUUUCUCAUGAAUGGAUUAAUAAAAUGUGUACAUGAUGAAUAGGUUUGAAACUGGUACUCCAUGAAAAUAGCAAAGUUAACCUACAGAUGAUUAAUCAAGUUGUUAAGAAUGGCAACCACUUUGUCAAUAUGAUAUUAGUUUAAAGGUAAAAGAAAGUAGUUGCAUCAAAUAAUUAUUUCAUGAGAAAAUCUUUUAAAUCAAGGUUAAUUGUCAAGAUAUUAUCAUAUAUCUAGAUCUGGUACAUCAAUGUAAACUUAUCUUUGUGAAAUCAUGAAAUCUUAGCUCAAAAUCGAUAAUUCUGAUGAUCACUAACGCAGAAAGGCAUAUGUGGGACAGUGUAUUAAUAUUACUUGGGGAAAAAAUACCAGACAUUUGAUGGAAUUCCAUGCUUAUUUUUGCUUUUUUUUCUCGGCAAUUACACAUUUUCUUCCAGAGCCAUUUGGCACAUAUUUUUUUAUAUAUACAUACAAACACUUGGGUGAUCUUUUUACUAGAUUCUUUUUUUUUUUACUAAUUUUUUUGAUCAUUACCAAAACUGGUAUUUAUCUUUAAUUUAGUCAUCACUUGGCUAAAUACUCAUGUUGGCUUAUUGUGAGUAUGAUAGAUGGGACUUGUUUUAGACCAUGUGGGUUGAUGAAAUGGGAUUAGGCCAAACGGGAAUUAGACUAGGUUUGAUUAGACCAAGUGGAAAUGCCUAAAAACUAUUACAGUUCUGUCAACUCUUUAUGAUUUCCAACUGCAUUCCUGAGUGUACAAAAACAUGAACAACAAUUUUUAACCCCUCUGUUCCUGAUCUUUUGUUCUCCUGCAAUGAAUGUGGGAAUAUUCUUAUUUUGACGACCCUUCAAUUAUUUUUGUGUCCAUUUCACGGUCAUAGAAUCGACAGGUAUAUCAUUUCCGUCAAUAAGAAUAGCUUUUCUUGUCUGCAGCCAAUGAUAUAUUCUGUUAUGUGUGUUGACAUUGUUUAUAUGUCUCAUUUACAUUUAAACAUGCAGCAGCUUUAGUAUUACGUGCUAUGCAAUAUGCUGGAUAUAUGUAUGCUACAAAAAUACAAGUACACAUUUGACACUUUCAUGAAGUGUGCCAUGAUUCAUGCAAUAUAACAAUUUGAUUCAAUUGCAUCAUUUGAAUUCUGUUGCUAAGUAAAUAUUGCCAUUUUGUCAACCAGGAUAGAAAUGAUUUUCUCAAUUUUUGCUCUCUUAUCUCAGUAGUUAUCACUGUACGCUUGGUAAAGAUCUCUUGUUCAUAACAUUUUUUGUCAACAUGGGGGGGGGGGGGUAAAUUGCGUUUGAGGUUAAGGUUUAGAAUGAUAUUAGUCAUGGCCAGAGUAUGAUUCAUGAAAACUUUCUUUACCUGUGAUUAUGAAUGAGCCCCCCCCCCCCCCGCCAUCCUUUGUACGAUACCAGUAGUCUUCAAGCACAGACUCAUAUUUGUCACUUUAACUAAAACAAUGUCUAGAAUGAAGACUAGACUCCAAAGUCUCUCUCUGUGUCAAAUAAGAGCCAGCCACAGUGCAUAGUGAAUCUAGUCUCACUACUUCAGACUCUGCUUUAUGCACUUUGCAAAAUUGCGAAAACCAAGGGUCUGUGCGUACAGACUACGAUACCAGUACCAACAUGCAAAUCUUCAAAGAUAUUUUAAUAUUAUGGUUUGUCUUGAAGUUAUGACCCAUGACCAUAGAUUAUUAAAAUUAUUUUUUCUGGUAUACUCCUGUCUUGCUUUAUGCUGUGUUUAUCAUCUCACAUGGAAAGAAAAUGUGUUUCUCCUUUAUAGAGGGAGGGCAAAUAACCCAGUCAGUGAAAAUAUGCCAUGUGGGCACAAUCACUGAAUGCUUUUAGAGCUUUCAAUUCACAGUAGUUCAGUAAGACACUGCACUUCUCAGCAUGGUUGAUUAAGGAAUUCAGCUUAAAUAUAUUCAAGCCAAUGCUUACUGCGCAGGAGAAUAUUGUUACCUGAAAUGGGAAAAAAAGGCCAUAUAUUUCUCUCUAUCUCUCUCUCUCUAUAUAUACAUUUAUAUAUGAUAAUGAAAUACUUCUGCACAAUCCUCGCAAAUGAGAGAAAAUAAUAAUAAUAAAUAUUAUUAUUGAGAUGUAGGGUUUUAGAGGCGCAAAUAUAUUUUGACGCCUGACGAGGUUGUUUCAAAGAGACAAAAUAUUAAAACUGAUUUUUAACGUGCAUGCCUAUGAAAACCAUCCAAUAUUGAAAAUAUUGGACGAAAUGAAUAUUUUGCCCCUCCCACAAGAUUAUCAUUGGUUAAUAAAUGAUUGUGCGCAUGAAGCUAUUGUUACAUCACAAUGAAAUUGCAUUGCGUAUUAGUUGCCAGGUGUGGUAAAGGAGCGUCAAUUUAUUGAAUUCAAAUGCGCUUGCACUAUACGCUAGCGCAUCUUGAUUUCUUCUUUAAAAAUGACAAUGGUGCCAUGCUCAUGAUUUACAGGAUUGCCAUAAACAUGAUGGUUACUACAAACAAUUGUUGUUUUUCUUUAUUACUUUAUGUUUAGCUUUGUGGGGGAAUCUAAAUAAUAAUAAUAAUAUUGGAUGACCAAUUUUCGUGGGAUGUGUAGAAAUAUUGUUACUCGCUGAAGAACAAUAUUGGAUUCGUCUCCGACUCAUCCAAUAUUGUUCUUCAGCUCGUACAAUAUUUCUUCGCAUCCCACUCUAUUUUUUGUAUUCAUUCUUUGCUUCUUCGCUUUAUGUAUACAAACUUACUUUUUCUCAAUCUGUAUCUGUAUCUGCUUUUUCAUAUCCGCAAUCAAAUUUAGGAAGUUGUUUCUUACCAUGUAUAGUGCGUAGAUUGCCUUAAAGAAUUCAAUUUCAUUUUUAUUCUUUGUAACUGUUGUCUGAUAGUAAAUAACUAUAUCGUUGGCUUUCUGCAAGAAGGGACUUAGCGUGCACAUGCGCAAAACGUACAUUUUCAAGAAAACGCAAAUUAUGUUUUGACCUUAUUUUCGUGCUUUUAGCAGCUAGUGUAUUAUUUUCUGUCCUAAUUCUUAAACUUUCUGACAAAGCAAGAUUUUUUCUUAAUUGAUAUUUUGUGAUUUUAUUUAGAACACUCCAAAUGCAUUCUGAUCUCAAGAAUGAAUACCGUACUCCCUUUUUCCAGGAAGAAAAAUACGCAAUCCACUGAUCAAGUACCCAGAAAAAAGUCGCUAAAGCGAAUGUGCAAUCCAGUUCUCAGAAAAAAGGAGGCAUGUAUGUGCAUAAAGCAUGUUGGAAUGUUUUUGCUUAUUACGUCAUAAUGACGUCACAUUUAGGUUCGAGAAUGGUACCAGAAAAAAGUUCAUGACAUGCUUUUCCAAUUCAGC